UACACUAAGGAUGUUAUCCGAGGAUAUAUAUUGAUUUUCCCCAACAAUCAUGCCAAAGAUAAAGGCUUAGGAGAAGAAAGAAAGAGUAAGAUCAGAUGGACUUGUUGAGUUGCAUGCUAUUAUCUCUUAUGGUCGUCUGGAUCUCAGUCCAUGCUAUCUAUUAUUCAUUUGCAGGAAGAAAGAUUCCCACUAGGCUUCCACCUGGACCAAAACCAUUUCCCUUCAUUGGAAAUCUCUUGGAACUUGGGAACGAGCCCCAUCUCUCUCUCACUAACCUUUCACAACGCUAUGGUCCCAUUUUCACAUUACAUCUCGGACAAGUAACCACGGUUGUAGUUUCCUCGUCGACCGUGGCUAAAGAGGUCCUCCGAACCCAUGACCACUUCUUUUGCAACCGAACCAUCCCCGAUGCAGUCCAAGCCCGUGACCACGCCAAGUACGGCAUGCCUUGGCUACCCGUUUCAGACGCGUGGAGAAACCUCCGCAAAAUAUGCAACUCGCAACUGUUCGCCAACAAAGUUCUUGACGCCAACCAAACUAACCGUCACGCAAAAGUGCAGGAGCUCAUAUCCGAGGUCAAUGAAGGCGUUGUGAAAGGCAACACUGUUGAUAUUGGAAGGGCCGCUUUCAAAACUACGCUCAACUUGAUGUCGCGUACCGUCUUCUCUGUGGACUUGGCAGACCCGAAGAGCGAGACAGCUAGAGAGUUUAAGGAGUUGGUUUGGGGUAUUAUGGAAGAGGCUGGGAAGCCAAACUUGGCUGACUAUUUUCCUGUGCUUAAGAAGAUUGAUCCCAUGGGGAUACGGCGUCGUUUGGCCAAUCACUUCCAGAAGAUGAUCGAUCUCAUUCACCGCAUGAUCACCCAAAGGUUGGAGUCAAGAAAAUCACGAGAUUAUGUCAUAACUAAUGAUAUGUUGGAUACACUCAUAAACAUCAGUGAAGAGAAGAAUGAGGAUAUGGACAUGGAUGAAACUGAGCAUCUGUUUCUGGAUCUAUUUGGUGCGGCCACAGAUACAACUUCAUCCACAUUGGAAUGGGCAAUGGCUGAGCUAUUACGCAACCCGGAAAAACUUUCCCUAGCUCAAGCAGAGCUGAAGCAAAUUAUCGGCAAAGGAAAGCUAGUUGAGGAAUCACAAAUUGCUCAACUCCCUUACCUACAAGCCAUAAUCAAAGAAACCUUCAGAUUACACCCAGUUGCUCCAUUUCUAAUUCCCCGAAAAGCCGAAGCUGACGUAGAAAUCUGCGGGUACAUUGUACCAAAGGGUGCACAAGUGCUGGUCAAUGCAUGGGCCAUAGGGAGAGACCCCAAUGUUUGGGACAACGCAAACUUGUUUAUGCCGGGGAGGUUUUUUGGAUCGGAAAUUGAUGUUUUAGGCCGGAACUUUGAGCUUAUUCCGUUUGGUGGUGGGAGGAGAAUAUGCCCUGGAUUGCCAUUGGCAAUGAGAAUGUUGAACUUGAUGUUGGGUUCGCUUAUUAACUCGUUUGAUGAUUGGAAGCUGGAAGAUGGUGUUACACCAAAUACCUUGAACAUGGAUCAAAAGUUUGGUCUCACCUUACAGAAAGCUCAGCCACUAAAAGUUGUGCCAAUUUUAUAUAAGAACCUAGCUUAAUUUCUACUUUCCACUAUAUAUUUUCUGAACCGCAAAUAGAAUAAUAUGCUUGUGAUAUUAUUGUUCCACAUCCAUUUUAAUAAUUCUUACCGAUUUGAAGAUUUUCAUCACUUUA